AUGUGUCUGGUGUUCGUGUGCGACGAGGAGGAGAGGGUGCUCGGGAGCCAGCAGGCACCAGGGGCCUGCCCCUACUGCGGCGGCAGGGUGGUCGCCACCGAUGUGGAGACCCAGUGGAGGUUCUGCUUCCUCCCCUUCUACUUCAAGGACAAGCGCAGAUACACCUGCGCCGUCUGCACCCGCCAGCUUGCCCGCUGCAGCUAG